UUCAGGCACUUGUACCACUCGAGCGACACCACUUUCAAACUCACCUCACGACUCACUUCCCCCUCCACUCUUGAUCGUGUUCCACGUCUGUUUCUGCUCUGCCCCAGCCACUGUCAGCCAUGGACGGCCGUCCCCGCUGGUCCACCUCCGCGUCGCCGCCGCACGCGCGUCGCGACGAUGCGGACAGCGACGAUCCCGACGACCCUGCCCCGCCGUGUCGUAAAGGGGCCCUGCCUUCUCUCCCCUUGUCUCGCGCAUCCUCCGCCGACUUCCCCACCGUAGCACCCGCCGCUGCGUCCGCCCCCAUGAGCCGUGCGGCAGUGCUGCGCGAGCUGGAGCGGAUGGCGCGGCUGCGCGCUCUGCUGGACGCGCGCGAGGCGGAGGUGCUGGCGGUGCUCGACUCCGCCUUCGCCUGGCUCCGCUGCUCCGCGCAGCCGUGCGUGCCGGAUGGGAGAGACGAUCACGGGGGAAGCUAUUUCAGCGGAGUGCGGCGGGCAGGAGUGAUCGUUGUUAACACGGUCGAUGACGAUGCUGCCGCCGUUGCGAGAGGCGAUGCGCCCCCGUCUGCUUUUGCCCCUGCCACGCGUCACUCGUCCGCGACGCCCGUCACGACACUCGCUGCUGCUGCGGUGGGUCGGGAGGAAGCCGAUGCGGCCCGGGUCACGAGCGACGACGACGCUACUGGUGGCGGCGCGUGGCAAGUCAACGGUCGCAGCCAGCUGCGCGCUGCCAGCCAGUCCGUCCCGGUCGCAGAGCAUUCCGAGUGGUUGGCUGCCGGCGACGAGGGCGCUCUCCCCGCCAAGGCUUCGCAGGCCGGAAGGGUUGUAGACUGCGCGCCGAGCGCAGGCAUGCAGCGCGUGGGCGGUGGCGGCACGGUGCGGGCAGAGGAAGUGGAAGAGGCGGUGGAGGCGGUGGAGGUGGUGGUGAAGCGAAAGCGCGGGCGGCCCAAGGGCAGCGGCAAGAAGGGGUCGCUCGCCGCGCUCACUCCGUCCCGCGCCCCGCCCUCCACUCGCGCCCUGCCCGCCUCUCCUCUUCCAUCCCCCUCGUCGAAGCCGUGCGCGCCCUCGGCCGCUCCGCCCGCCCCUGCGCCGCGUGCAGAUGCCGCGACAGACGGCGUCGCGAGUAGGGGGAUGAAGGGGGCAGAAUGUUGGGAUCCCAGCGAGGUUGGGUGCAAGGACGGCAAGGACGGCAAGGACGGCAAGGACGGCAAGGACGGCAAGGACGGCAAGGACCGACGCGGCGAGUGGGCCGAGGUGAAGCGGGUGAGGGACGGCGUGGAGGGCGCGGAGUGGCGGAGAGCGGGCCGUGGGGGAAGCGGCAGCAGCGAGCUGCGCGACGAGGGCGAAGCGGGUGCGCGGCGGAUGAGCGCGUGUGGCGCUGGCCGCCCCGUGCUAUCCGCGGCGACUGGUUCUGGGCGCGCUGCUGCAGCCGGGGCGGAGCAGCAUGACGCCGUACAGUGGACGGGCGGCGACGGGGGACGGGGCAGCAAGGGGCCGUUGAGUGGCGCAGGCGGAGUGGGGGCGAGCGGCAGGGGGCGCAAGAGCAAGGGGCCCACUGGGAGGCCGCGAGGCAGGCCCAGGGCUGUUCAAGUGGAGAAGAGCGGUGGCGUGGACGGAGGGAAGCAACGGGCGAGGGAGAGUGCAGGGGAGGCGGAUGGGAGGGCGGGGGGUGCCGGUGGCAGUGCAGCGGGGUGUGUGGCUGGUUGCGGCUCAGAGUGGGCUGCGGACGGUCUUGCUGCAGGGGGUAAGGCAGAAGGGGGGCCCGUGUACUUGAGUGACCCGGAGCAGCGCCAUGGGCGCUUGCUGGCUGGCGACAUGCCGUGUGGGGUGGGCGAUGGCACGGCCGUCUCCAGUGCGCCCCCCACGCCCAGCAUCAAUGGCUCUCUGGCGUUUGGCGCCGCUGCUGCAGCCACGGCCCUGAAGGGCGCGGCAGAAGCGCUGGAGGCCGCCCGGGUGGUGGGCGCACCUGAUGGGCUGGCCGUGGCGGUGGACGGCAUGGAGGUGGGCGCUCUGCACCCGCAUGGGGCAGGACUAGAUGCUGGUGGGCAUGCCGUGGGGGAUGGUGCAGUGCGGAUGGGUGAGUUGGGUGCAUGGGGGGAGGAAGGGGUGGGGUGUGGGAUGCAUGUGGUGAAGAAGAUGAGGGCAUCGCAUGGUGGGGUGGGGGCACCGCAUGGUGAGGAGGCGAGUGAGAGUGGGGGCCGUGCGUGGGGCAGCUGCAGUGGAGUGGCGUCCCAGGCACACUGGAGGCUGCCUUCUAGUGCCCUUGCUCUGGUGGGGGCAGGUGCUGGAGGUCACCCAGGUUCACACCCUCCUGCUUGAAGAUUAGGGAGGAAUGGAAGGUGCUGCCAACACUCGGCCAGUGGGAGUUUGCCAUUUUGAGCUACUGUAUAUGGCUGGCUGGGGUUCAUUUCACAUCAGUUGAGAAUAGAGGGUAGGCUUUAGACAAAGAAAUAAAUGCCGGUGGUGCAAUUUGGUGCCUACAAUGGUCUCUCCACUAUUUCUACCGUAUUACAGUCCUGUGACAAGAUUC